GGGCAGCGGGCCAAAACAAACAACACUUUAUUACAAAGAACACGGCCAAGCUUGACCGAGAGACAGAAGAGCUGCACCAUGACAGAGUUCCCCUGGAGGUGGGCAAAGUGAUUCAGCAGGGGCGGCAGAGCAAGGGCAUGACACAGAAGGACUUGGCCACAAAAAUCAAUGAAAAACCACAAGUCAUUGCUGACUACGAAUCAGGAAGAGCAAUCCCCAACAACCAGGUCAUGGGCAAGAUCGAAAGAGCCAUCGGCCUUAAACUGCGUGGGAAGGAUAUUGGAAAACCGCUGGAAACUGGCCCCAAAGGGAAAUGACAAUAAAGCCUCGAAAUCAGUUUGGUCAGACUGAUCUCGCCUGGUUGGUUCUCCUUAACCACUGGAGUCGCUCUUCGUCUUGCCAAGCUGAACAAGAGGGUUUCCGACUUGCUUCGGGGGGGAAAUCUGCCGAAUCUGUACCUGCUGUAAAAAGGCAACCUUUAAAGACGUGAUUUUCCUGAUUUUUGUUUUUCCUUCCUCCUUUCUAGAGAUUGAGGAACUAACCCCCCCAAAAUGCCGCAUCUGAUUUGCCAGAAAACCCGUGCGUCUCGGUGUUUAGAAGCAGCCGACGUUGAGGCGCUUGGGGUGCUCUGAAAUGCCGUCGUUUAAUCGGAACAAGCUGGGGGAUGGGCGGGCUGUAUCAUGUAUAAAUAACCUGGGGGUUGAUCAGUGUCUGCGUUUGAAAG